AUGCAGAUCAAACAGUUAACGCCCACUCUUAUGACAGGUAGUUUGCUCUUGGGGCUAUUGGUUGCUCUUGCUCACCACUUUUACUAUCUUUACCUUGACAUGAGAAUCGUCAAAAGCCAAAGCCAGCAGCAGUGGUAUCUACGUGCAGGCACUGGUUUGGCCUUUCUCGUAAGGGCCUUCUUAUCAGCAGCCGUCAGCACCGCAUAUACGCAGGUACUAUGGCGAACUUUAAGAUCGAGACCUAUUACUAUCCGGGGAGUUAACUCACUUUUUGACGUUAUACAUAAUCCCUUCGAAUUCUUUACUUGGGACCUUUGGAGUGCUGCGCCUUUACUUGCAGUGGUAGCUGUUGUUGCAUGGGCUCUCCCGCUUGUCGCAGUUAUCACUCCAGCAACCCUGACUGUCACAGUCUCGUCCACGGCAAACAUCACAACCCUUCACAUGCCAAUUCCAAUUCCUGAUUAUGCGAAGGUAGACACAUUUGGUGGCUGGGCAGGUAAAAUAAUAGUCCCUUCAACCUAUGUCUCGAGACUACUAUUAUCGGUGGCAUCUCAGGGCUCAAUCCUCGCUAUACCGGCGCCCUUUCCCAACUCUUCAUACGCCUUGAACUUUCACGGCCCAACACUAUCCUGCAAGGUCACAACAAAUAAAACAUUUUCAACGCAAAUAAAUAAAGCCAUUCAAGACAGCGACGGCUCAAUCUUUGCUAAAAAAGUCUUUGUUGGGUUUGUACCGAAUGGCGGACCUGGCGUUGGGUUUGGUGUUGAAGAAUGUGCCUUGGCGGGGUUGGAAUACGUAUUAAACACCGCCAAAGUUGCAACAACGUCGUAUCUUGACUACACGGCAAGGGGACCCAAAAGCGCCGCAAAAGUCUAUGUCGCAGUACCGAAUGGGUUGAACAGUAACCCAGAUAUCUACGGAGCGAUGAAGAUAAUCGAGUGCCAGCUCUACAACUCGUCUUUUACAGCCAAUUUCACCUUCAAUAACGGACAGCAGGAUAUCCAUUAUAAUUCUACGCAGCUGAAUAAGGUGACAGUAUCUAACGACUUCGAGGCUGAUGAUAUGAACCGCAAGUAUCAAGGGGCUACAGACGCAUAUGCCUCACUUAUGGAUGCCAUGGGCCAGCUUCUACUUGGUAGCUUGAGCAAAGUUCUGACCAGUAGUAGUACAGUUUCCAUUCAGACGUGGAUAAGAAGUUCGAGUCUUAUGGAUACGAAGGAGAUGUAUGGUUUGGAGAAAGGAGGAUCAGGAUCUAUGAUUGGAAACAUCUCCAUGUCUGAUGCCUUGGAAGAUCUCUUCGCAAAUCUCACAAUCAGUCUUUUUAGUCAUUCCCAGUUCUUGCAGGCUAAGAGUGCUGCAUCACGUAUCCUAGUAAACCACUCUACCACACAAAAUGAAUUUUCAUACGAACCGCGAAACUUGUUGGCCGCAUAUGGAGUAGGGUUACUCCUUGCAUGGCUUAUUGUUAUCGUUGGGUUAUUGUGCAUCAAGUCAGCCUCGGCAUCAUAUCGAAGUAGCUUUUCAACUAUUCUAAGAACGACGAGAAACCCCGAUAUCGACAACAUUAUUCCUAUAACGGAGAGUACAGGAGCGGAACCCCUGUCAAAGCAUUUGAGUAAUGUGCGUUUGGUACUGCAGCGACAAGAAGGCGGACCGGAGAGUGGCGAUGACGAAAAGGCGACAUUCUUCACCGUGGACUCCAAGUCACACGAAAUGAAUACAGACCAAACCCAAGAUUCAGCUGAAUCAUUGCUACAACAGGACACACCCAUGGUACAUACGAGCACGAGUGUUGAGAGUUCGAUUGUGUAUGACGAAGCACUUUGGGAAAGGAAUGGAGAUCUAAGUCUCAGAAUAUUCAACUACAGACAGGAUACAAGGGGAGAUUAA